AUGAUUGCCCGUGUACUUCCUACUGUUCGUGUCGGCACUCGUGCCUUCUCGACCACUCUCCGUAACCAGAAGACGGUGACCGAGACUGUUAGUGAGACAGCUCAGGAUGUAAACCUGAAAGUUGGAAAGGGUUUGGCUUCUGGUAUUGAUAAGGCAGAGAACGCGACGAACAAAGCCAAAGAGGCCUUAGGUGUCGGAAAGAAAAAGGCAGAGCAAGCUGCCGAGGUUGGCAAGCAAAAGGCGAACCAAACGACCGCUCAGGCUCGUGGCAAAGCCGAGGAAUUGAAGGACAAAGCUAAAGACCUCUAA